AUGGCUAAAGAAUUGCUGAAAGGUUUCAAAGAGCUGGGUGUUCCACACACUGAUGUACCCAACCUGGUCAGCACUCUGGGAGAUCCAGUGAACAUCCGCACCUGGCAGGUUGGAGAUAGCAGGUUUGCCCAAGGACAACCUUUCUGUGGAAAAUGGUGUGAUUUCUCAGUACUCUCUGCACUGGCCCUCUUCAUUGAUCCUCAGGGACAAGCAAACACAUGGAUUAAAAACAUGGAAAAGGACAGUGGGUUGGAGGUUGUGAAACUCAGUGACCGGGACUUCCUGCGCAGGCUUGAGAAUGCAAUCCGCUUCGGUAAACCCUGCCUCUUAGAGAAUGUGGGGGAAGAACUAGAUCCUGCUCUAGAACCUGUCCUGUUACAACAGACUUUUAAGCAGCAAGGCCAUACUUUACUGAAACUGGGCGAUUCACUCAUCGACUACCACGAGUCUUUCAAGAUGUACCUCACAACCAAGCUGCCCAACCCACACUACUCUCCAGAGUUUUCUGCCAAAGUCACACUCAUAAACUUCACCCUGUCACCCAGUGGUCUACAAGACCAGUUGUUGGGGAUGGUGGUGGCUAAAGAGCAGCAAGACUUGGAGGUUGCAAAGAACCAGCUAAUCACCAGCAAUGCCAAGAUGAAGCAGGAACUGAAAGAAAUUGAGGAUGAGAUACUGUUCCGACUCAGCUCCACAGAAGGCAAUCCUGUGGACAAUGAGGAGCUCAUCCGAGUGUUGGAGGCUUCGAAGAUCAAAGCUGGAGAGAUCAAGGCUAAAGUGAAGGCAGCAGAAAAGACAGAGCAGAACAUUGAUGCUGCCCGUCUGGAGUAUGUCCCUGUGGCUGUGCGUGCACAGAUCCUCUUCUUCUGCGUGUCAGAUCUGUCCAAUGUUGACCCAAUGUACCAGUACUCUCUGGAGUGGUUCCUGGGAAUCUUUUUGUCUGGUAUUGCCAACUCUAGAAGUGCAGACACAGUGGAGGAGAGAAUCUGGAACAUCAAUGAAUAUUUCACCUUCAGCCUCUAUGGUAAUAUAUGUCGCAGCUUGUUUGAGAAACACAAACUGAUGUUUGCCUUUCUCCUGUGCGCUCGCAUCAUGAUGAACGACAAAAAGAUUGACAUGGUCGAGUGGCGCUACCUGUUGUCUGGAGCAAUGCCUGUCCAACAGCUGGCCAACCCAGCAGUAAGCUGGCUGUCAGAACGUGCCUGGCAGGACAUUUUAGGCCUCAGCACUCUGAAAAUUUUUUCUAACCUGGCGCAAAGCUUCCCUGAACAUCUGGAGGGCUUCAAGAAAAUUUUUGACAGUAGCCAGCCUCACAGGGAGCCCCUCCCAGGAGCGUGGGAUGUCAUCCUGGACUCUUUCCAGAAGCUGUUGGUCCUGCGCUGUCUGAGGGCUGACUGCCUCAUUCAAGGCCUGCAGGACUUUGUUGCUGCUGAGUUAGGACAGCGCUUCAUAGAGCCUCAGACAUCAGACCUGUCUGUCGUCUUCGCAGAGUCAUCUUCCUCCACUCCCCUGAUCUUUGUUCUGUCCCCUGGCACCGACCCUGCUGCUGACCUCUACAAAUUUGCUGAUGUCAUGCAAUUCUCCAAGAAAAUGAGCGCCAUCUCUCUUGGCCAAGGCCAGGGCCCCUGGGCUGAGAGUAUGAUGCACGAUGCCAUGGAAAGAGGUCACUGGGUUUUUUUCCAGAACUGUCAUCUGGCACCCAGCUGGAUGCCUACCCUGGAGAGACUUAUUGAAAACAUCAACCCACUAAAGGUGCACGAGAACUUCCGCCUGUGGCUCACAAGUCUUCCCAGCAAUAAGUUCCCGGUGUCUGUUCUGCAGAAUGGUUCCAAAAUGACCAUUGAACCUCCAAGAGGCAUCAAGGCCAACCUACAGAAAACCUACAUGAGGCUCACUAAUGAUUUUCUCUCCUCUUCCACCAAGACAGCAGACUUUAAGUCUUUGCUGCUGUCUCUCUGCCUGUUCCAUGGAAUUGCUUUGGAGAGACGAAAGUUUGGCCCUUUGGGCUUCAACAUUCCCUAUGAGUUCACUGAUGGCGACCUGAACAUUUGUAUCAGCCAGCUCAAAAUGUUCCUGGAUGAGUACCAGGACAUCCCAUACAAGGUUCUAAAAUACACUGCAGGAGAGAUUAAUUAUGGUGGCCGUGUGACAGAUGACUGGGACAGACGAUGUCUGCUCAGUGUGGUGGAGGACUUCUAUUGUCCUGCUGUCCUCAGUAGUGAUCACGUCUACUGUGCAUCUGGAGUCUACCGGCAAAUAGACACAAAACUGGAUAUCAAGGGUUAUUUGGCAUACAUUCGUGGUUUGCCCAUCAAUGACACACCUGAGAUCUUUGGUCUCCAUGACAACGCUAACAUCAGCUUUGCUCAAAAUGAGGCCUUUGGCUUGUUAGAAGCUGUGGUUCGUCUCCAGCCCCGAGCUACAUCUGCUGAGGGCAAAACUCUUGAGGAGAUAGUGGAGGAGAUAGUGGCAGGCAUCGUUGAAAAGAUCCCUCCUCCUUUUGACAUUGAAGAAGUGAUGGGAAAAUACCCGGUGCUCUACGAGGAGUCCAUGAACACUGUGCUCAUCCAGGAGGUCAUCAGAUAUAACAAGCUGCUGGAGGUCAUCUCUCUGAGUCUCAGAGAUAUUGUGAAGGCUUUGAAAGGUUCAGUGGUGAUGUCAUCCGCGCUCGAGCUUAUGGCCCGCAGCUUAUUCAACAAUGCGGUGCCUGAUAUGUGGAAAGCCAAGGCCUACCCAUCUCUGAAGCCUCUGGCCUCCUGGGUGUCAGACCUGCUUCAGAGGAUCAAUUUCCUACAGAGAUGGAUCUCUAACGGCAUUCCACCUGCGUUCUGGAUUAGCGGCUUCUUUUUCCCGCAGGCUUUUCUCACCGGAACCCUCCAGAAUUAUGCCCGUCGCUUCGGCACCUCAAUUGACACGAUUGGAUUUGACUUUGAGGUAUUAGUGAAGUCAGUGUCAGAGAUAACAGAAACACCAGACACAGGCUGCUACAUUCAUGGUCUAUUCCUGGAGGGGGCUCGCUGGGAUAACAAGGCAGGUCAGCUUGCAGAGUCCAGACCCAAGGAGCUCUACACCCAAAUGGCCGUCAUCUGGCUGAUCCCCAAACCCAACCGAAAGCCUCCAGCCUCAGGGAUCUAUGUAUGCCCUAUCUACAAGACACUCACACGAGCUGGGACUCUGUCCACCACCGGCCACUCUAUGAACUAUGUGGUGUCAUUGGAGUUGCCAACACAUCACACCCAGAGGCACUGGGUCAAACGGGGUGUUGCACUCAUCUGUGCACUGGACUAUUGAACGAGAAAUUAGUUAUUAUUAGUUAUUGCUGUUAGUUAUUGGUUAUCUACUUUAAUCUAUCUAAUAAACUGUUCACAAGCAA